CAAAAUACCCGCGUAACGUUCGAGUCGAGUAACACUCGAUCGCUUGUCAGUUGCGCUGGUGAAAUGCUUUGUCAAAUUUCUAAACAGAUUUACGACACACCAUCCCCGGAUUUUCUUUAUCGGAGGUUCGAUCCGUGCCCUUGAAUCAUGUCCACGUUGAAUUCCUUUAUUGUGAAUUCCCAAAUAAAAUUAACGAAACCGUAAUAAGUGGCGUUUCGAUGGGGCAACUUCAUCGUCGAUGAUCGUACAGUUCAGUUUUUUAUCGGUGACCUAUUUAAUGACAUUUCGAAAAAUUUCGUGUUGGUAUCUUUCUCAAAAGAGGGAGUGAAAUAACAGAUAAAAGUGGGAGUUAGUGUGUAUUGUGCAGUGGGUGGAAAGCCAUGAGAUGAUCAUUGGAGGUCAAACUUCUGUUGAGCUCGACUACGCUUCUUUGACUGCCACGUUUUUGGUUAAAUAAAGAUCACCAAGAAAAACUUUGGUAACAAUGGUUAGAUUACAAUUCAAUCCUUCUGACUUGGUUGAAGCUAAAGUCCAUGCACAGAAAGAUUCAUUGCAGCUUCCAAUUAGCACCAAGAAUGAAGAAAAAGAAAAACCUUUACCAAAGAGAUCAAGUGAUUUCUCUUUUAUGAUUUUAUUUUCAGUGUGCAUAGCGAUGUGGAUGUCAGUGGAUUUGUAUUUUUAUUUUACAUCGGAUCUACCUAUUCUUUCCAAAUUCUGGAAUGAACUGUUCAGAGAAAAGCAUGGUUCAGAGAAGCAUCGUGCAGAAGUCUAUCAAAAAAUUUUGCAGAUACUUUGA